AUGUCAGCCUAUCACGUGUUCAAAGAGAACCGGCAUAUAGAUAUACUACAUUACUGCAAUGACACAAGUUUGGAAAAAGUUCAACAAGAGAGUAUCGCGGUGCACAAGUGCAACGCGUCGGCUGGAGGGGGGCGGCGAAAAGCCCGACAAUUGAAAACUGUUAGAGGGAAAAGUACGGUCGUCCGGUGGGGUGACACUGUUUGUCGCGCCGAAGUUCGGUAUUCUGACGGGAUUUCGGCGAUCGCCGUAUGUUAUCUCAGACGAAUUCAAAACCAUUUUCGGGCGGAAUUGACGUGCCAGACGAACUAA